GUGCCAGAGUUAUUUUUUUAAUCUUCCUCUAGAUAAUAUAAUGUCAGUCUUCGAAGGCAAAGUAAUAAUUGUAACUGGUGCCAGCUCUGGCAUUGGAGCAGGUGCUGCCAUCCACCUGGCGAGUCUCGGUGGACUCUUGGUAGUUGUGGGACGCAAUGUGGAAAAGUUGAAGGAGACCGCUGACGGUAUUCUUGCCGCUGGGGGUGCUCCGGCGUUGCAGCUGCAGGCCGAGAUGACCAAGGAGGCGGAUGUGGAGAAGAUAAUUACAGCUACCCUGGAGAAGCACGGUCGCAUCGAUGUACUGAUCAACAAUGCGGGCAUUUUGGAGACUGGAUCCAUUGAGAAUACCAGUCUGGAGCAAUUCGAUCGUCUGAUGAACACCAACGUGCGUGCCAUGUACCAGCUCACCAUGCUGGCCACUCCCGAGCUGAUUAAAACCAAAGGAAACAUUGUGAACGUGUCCAGUGUGUGUGGCGUACGUGCAUUUCCCGGUGUCUUGGCCUACAAUGUGUCCAAGGCCGCUGUGGAUCAGUUCACAGCCUGCGUUGCCCUAGAACUGGCACCCAAGGGCGUGCGCGUCAAUGCCGUCAACCCCGGCGUAAUUAUCACCGAGAUACACAAGCGCGGCGGCAUGGAUGAGACAACUUAUGCAAAGUUCCUGGAACAUUGUAAGGUCACCCACGCUCUGGGCCGCCCUGGCGAGGUAAAGGAGGUGGCAGCGGCCAUUGCAUUCCUAGCCAGCGACGCAGCCAGCUUCACGACUGGAAUAAGUCUUCCCGUGGACGGCGGCCGACAUGCCAUGUGCCCCCGCUAGCGGGAAAUACGAAGAAUUUAUGGCAUACACCUCACAUUAAUAUAUUUAUGCAAAUUAAAUGUUUGUUACACUAUA